AUGUCCCAUCCUUUACAGUCCUUGAACAGAUCUGGAGCUGGCAGUGGAUCUCUGUCGCCUCUCUCAGUAACAGGAGAACCCAAGCAGGACUACCCAAGUGAGGAACAAGGAAACAAAGUGCACUGGGUAGCAUUGCUGAUCCUCCUGGUGAUAAUCCCCACCAUUGGGGGGAACAUACUUGUCAUUCUGGCGGUGUCCCUGGAGAAGAAAUUGCAAUAUGCUACCAACUACUUUCUGACGUCCUUGGCGGUGGCAGAUUUGCUCGUGGGUCUGUUUGUGAUGCCAAUUGCCCUUCUCAUAAUAUUAUUUGACAAUACUUGGCCUUUACCAACUGCCUUGUGUCCUAUCUGGCUGUUCCUUGAUGUCCUCUUUUCCACAGCCUCCAUCAUGCACCUCUGUGCCAUUUCCCUGGACCGCUACAUUGCGAUAAAAAAGCCAAUCCAGGCCAGCCAGUACAAUUCAUGGGCUACAACAAUCAUCAAAAUCAUCGUGGUUUGGCUCAUUUCAAUAGGCAUUGCAAUUCCGGUCCCUAUCAGAGGCAUUGAGGAUGGAAAUGGCAACUCCACAAACAUCACGUGUGUCCUGAUGCCCGAUCGUUUUCAUGACUUCAUUCUGUACGGAUCAGUGGCUGCCUUCUUCAUUCCCCUCGCUAUCAUGAUCGUCACUUAUUUCCUGACAAUCCAAGUGCUGCGCAAAAAGGCCUAUUUGAUCAACAAGCCGCCCCAGCGCUUCACCUGGUCCACAGUGUCCACAGUCUUUCAGCGUGACACAACACCUGCCUCCUCACCAGAAAAGGUGGCCAUGCUAAAUGGCUCCAGAAAGGACCAGGCUUUGUCCACUGACAUGUCUAUCUGCAGGACAUCCACAAUUGGGAGGAAGUCCAUGCAAACGAUAACCAAUGAACAAAGGGCAUCAAAAGUUCUGGGGAUUGUAUUUUUUCUUUUCUUGCUGAUGUGGUGCCCAUUCUUCAUAACAAACAUCAGCUCAGUUCUGUGCAACUCCUGCAACAAGGAGGUUUUUCAAAAGCUUUUGGAGAUAUUUGUUUGGAUAGGGUAUGUAUCCUCAGGAGUGAACCCUCUUGUAUACACACUCUUCAACAAAACAUUUAGGGAGGCUUUCAGCAGAUACAUCACUUGCAACUAUCAGACCACAAAGCCUAUCAAGGCCCUUCGGCAGCGAUCCAGCAGGAUCUCUUUCAGAAGCUCUGUAGCAGAAAAUUCCAAGCUCUUUGUCAUGAAUGGGAUGAGAAAUGGGAUUAACCCCAUUAUGUACCAGAGCCCAAUGAGGCUGAAGAGCUCACCCAUCCAAGCAUCAUCAGCCAUUCUGCUGGAUACGUUGCUGCUCACCGAGAAUGAGGUUGAUAAAACAGAAGAACAAGUCAGCUAUGUAUAG